AGAAUAAACGUACAAAUGGCUUCGGCGAAGGUAGAGUUCGAUGUCCACAUGACAUGUGAGAAAUGCGUCAACGCGAUUUCCAAGAGUAUUGCGGAUUUGAAGGGCAUCCAGAAUGUCGACAUAUCGUUAGAACGCGGUACUGUUACCCUCGAAACAAACCUACCUUACUCCGUCAUACAAGAAAGAAUUGAGAGGACUGGAAGACAGGCAGUGUUGAAGGGAUUCGGAGAUGGAUCAAGUGCUGUAUCGAUGCUGGGUGGAAACUCAGGCUACAGUGUGGGUAAUCUGAUCAGAGGGGUAAUAAGAUUUGCAGAAACUUCAGAGGGAUGUAUCGUAGAUGGUACAAUUGAUGGUUUAACUCCAGGCGAGCAUGGUAUGCAUAUACACCAGUAUGGUGACAUAUCUAAUGGUUGUGACAAUGUAGGCGAACAUUUUAAUCCAAAUAAUUCAUCACACGGUGGUCCUGAAGAUGAUCUUUCCAAGAGGCAUGUUGGUGAUCUUGGCAAUGUCCUAGCGGAUGCUACUGGCAGAGCUGCUUUUCGAAGGAUAGAUAAGUUUCUUAAAGUACCUGAUAUUAUUGGGAGAUCUCUCAUUAUUACCAAGGAUCCAGAUGAUUUUGGAAGAGGUGAUGAUCCGGAAUCUAAGAUAAAUGGAAACAGUGGAGCUAGGGUGGCUUGCGGUAUUAUAGCCAGAUCGUCUGGAUUAUUUCAAAAUACAAAGAAGAUUUGCGCAUGUGAUGGCCUCACUAUAUGGGACGAGAGAGAUCGGGCGCUUGCAAAUAACCAUGGUACAGAUAGUCUAUUAAAAUCAAAUGAGAAAAUAUGCACAUUAGUUUGAAUAUUUGAAGUUUAAUUACAAUCUUUGUGACGAGAUUUGUUUUACACUAUUAAUUGUUAUAUAAUCUCAGAAAUCUUAAUUGAUAUUUGAUAAAGAGAAAGAAAAAAAGAGACUUAAGGUUCCUGAGUAGUUCAUCGAGAACUCUGCGUUGACGGUGGCGACGUAGUGUCGCGGAAAAAAUUAGAACUAUUAGGUGUGAAAAAUUAUAUGUUGACGAUAAAAUUUUAUCUUGCAUGUCAUUUCGUUAUUGUGUUUUGUUAUGAAAAUGUGACUUGUAUUUAUCCAAUUUGUAAAAAUGGGCUGCAAGUAAAAUUAUCUUUGAAUUUUA